AUGAAGCUGAUCGCUAUCUUCGCCACCGUCACUCUCUCCUCCAUGGUCGCCACAGCACCAGUCGGAGAGAAGCGAGCACUUAUUCCCAAGCCUAUGGAUCUCUUGGAGAUGAUGUACCCUCACUCGGGAAUUCCCAAGCUCACCAUGAAGGUUGAGAAGGAAUUGAACCUUUAUCAAUAA